UUGAAUCUAGAAAUAUGGCCGAUGCGGUUGUUUCAUUUGUGCUGGAACGGCUCACUGACUCUGUCAUUCAGGAAUUGAAAUUCUUGGGUGGAGUGAGAGAUCAGGUGCAGCUUGCACAAACCCAGCUACAAUUGAUGCGAGGCUACCUCAAAGAUGCAGAUUCGAGACAAGGAGAAAGUGAAGCAAUACGCAUUUGGGUGGCGAAUAUUAGAGAUGCGGCUUAUGAUCUGGACGACGCCAUCGAAACUUUUGUCUUAAAAGUGGCGUCCAAGAGGAAUGCAAGUCUUUUGAAAAUGUUUGCUUACAUCUGCGUAGGAGGAAUUUAUCUUUACAAGAUUGGCUCAGAAAUCAAGAAAAUUACUACCAAAAUUUCAGAGUUGAGAUCGAGCCUGCCAGGUGACCUAAGGGAGAGUGGAGGCGACACUUCUUUUCAGAGGCAACAAGAACGGAGGAUAGCUUAUCCUCAUAUUAUCGAACCCCAUGUGGUUGGGUUAGCUGGUGGAACGGAGAUAUUGGCUACGCAUUUGAUCAAAGAAAAAGGCCCCCGAGUUGUUUCUAUUUUGGGGAUGGGCGGGUUGGGUAAAACCACUCUUGCAAAACAAGUUUAUCAUCAUGGUAAAGUUAAGCGUCAUUUCGAUUGUUUUGCUUGGGUGUGUAUCUCUCAACAAUGCCAAGCACGGGAAGUUUUGGAAGAAAUUCUGACUAAACUCAUUUCUCCUACCAAUGACCAAAGACAAGAAAUUGCAAAACUGAAGAUUGAUCAAAUAGCAGAGAAGCUUUGGAAUACGCAAAGAGAAAGAAAAUGUUUGGUGGUGCUUGAUGACAUUUGGACCAGUGAUGCGUGGAGGUCGUUGCAAGCUGGAUUUCCAAUGAAUGAGGAAACUGAGAGCCGAAUUUUACUCACUACUGCAACAAAGAAGUCGCUUCGUAUGCAGGCAAAAAUGGUUUCCUCUUCGAACCACAGUUGUUACCCUAAAAUUUAUGAACAGAAGAAAGAGCUAGGAAUGGAGAUGCUUCAACAUUGCAAAGGUUUGCCACUAGCCAUCACGGUGCUCGCAGGACUUCUAGCUAGAAAAGACACAGUUGAUGAGUGGAAUACGGUGCAUAAGAAUGUUUAUGCAUAUAUAAGGAGAGGCACAGACCUUGGACCCGAUUACCAAGGUGAAGGAUAUGAAGGUGUAUCAUGGUUAUUGGAAUUGAGUUACGAUAACUUACCAUAUUACUUAAAACUAUGUUUUCUCUACUUAGCCCAUUUUCCAGAAGAUUAUGAAAUACCGGUGAGUACAUUGACUAAACUAUGGAUGGCAGAAGGUUUUAUAUCAUCGGCAUCAUCGGAAGUAAUGGAAGAUGUAUCAUAUGGGUGCUUAAGUGAGUUAGUGGGCAGGUCCAUGGUUCAAGUUGGAAAACAUGGUUUGAGUAAGAAGAUCAAGACUUGUCAUCUCCACGAUCUUAUGCGAGACUUAUGCAUGUUAAAGGCGAAAGAGGGGAACUUUGUCCAUAUCAUCAAUUAUUCUAUAGCUUCAGAGACCAAGGAAACUCCAAACGGUAGAGUUCAAAGACUUGCCAUCUAUUUGGACAGAACGGUGGAUACAUAUGGUCCGGGAAAAGAUGAAAAUUAUGGACAUGUUAGGUCUUUGUUAUACUUUAUCCCAGAAUACUUCAUGAACUCAAAGGUAUCAUUGCAAUUGUGGUCACUGUUAAAGAACUUCACAUUUCUUAGAGUUUUGAAGUUUGAAGGUGUGCUUGGUGAGCUCAUGUUACCGGGUGAGAUUAGGAAUCUAGUGCACUUAAGGUUUUUAAGUAUAAAGAAUAGUGCAGUUUCAACGGUGCCAUCAUCUAUAGCAAAUUUGGUAUGUUUGCAGACUCUAAAUUUACCUGGAAGUUGGAAUUUUAACAUUCCAAAUCGAAACAUGUUUUCCAAGAUGGAAAAAUUGAGACAUAUAUAUUUACCCAUAUUUCGGAGUGCAAGAGAUAAACGUCAAUAUAUAUUUUCUCCUAAGGUAGUGAAUUUGCACACGGUAGUCAAUAUUGGUAUUCAGGCAUCAUCUAAUCUAGAUGAUUUUGUUAAACUAACCAACCUUAGAAAAUUGGGAGUUAUCACAUUUGACGGAGGGGAAAAAAAGGAGAAAGGGACAAACAUCAUAUUUAAGCAUCUCCACUCUCUAUCGAUGGACUCUUUUGUCGAGGAUCAAGCAAUACCAUGGAACAUAGUAUUAAGCUGUCCUAAUAUAUACAAGCUGCGACUACUCGGACAUAUCACAGAGUUACCAGAAGACCUCAUGUACCUUAAGAACCUCACCAAGCUUACACUGACGUAUUUUGGUAAUCUCAAGGACGACCACUUAAAAGUAUUAGAGAAGCUGCCAAGCUUGAGAAUGUUUUUUGCUUGGAGCGGGAAUUUUCCAGCACAUCUUGUUUCCUCAGAGGGAGGCUUUCCAUUUCUCGAAUUUCUUUCUCUUCAUUGGUUGAAGGAGUUCAAAGAAUGGAAGGUGGAGAAAGGAGCCAUGCCUAGUCUCUGCAAAUUGCAUAUUGAGCGUUGCUAUGAUUUGGAGGCAGUUCCAGAUGGGCUACAAUAUAUUACUACCCUCAAGGAAUUAACCAUCGAAGGGACGCGUCCUGAAUUCUGUAGCCGGCUUGGGGAAGGAGGAGAGGAUUUUUACAAAAUCCAACAUGUGCAGUCUAUUAUUAUAACAAAUAUUUGGGGAAAAGAAGAUUGGGAAAAAAUGGUAUGCUAAAUUUUAUUUUUCUUUCUGUAUUUCUCUUUUCUUAUUUAUUAUUUCAAGGGAAAAAGAAGUAAUUGUUUGUCUCCUCUUUCCAGUUGAAGGGAAAAAGAGUUGGGGGCGGAGCAACAGC